AUGCGUGCCCUCACAGAGACAGAGACGAAAACCCUCUUCACCAAGCUCGCAAACUAUACAGGUCGCUCCCUUAACAACCUAAUCGCACCCCACUCAACCUCAACUACGAGAGACGGCGAACCAUCAGCGAAUGACCGCCAUGUAUUUCGCCUCCAUGGUUCCCGAGUAUACUACGUGCGCCUCUCAAUAGCCAACCUAGCAACAUCAGUGCCCCGUGACAGACUCCUGUCGCUAGGUACCUGUAUAGGCAAGUUUACGAAGACGGGCAAGUUCAGACUGCAUAUUACAGCAUUGGAUGUGAUUGCGCCACAUGCGAGGUACAGGGUGUGGGUCAAGCCGAAUGGGGAGAUGCCUUUCCUGUAUGGGGGAAAUAUUGUGAAAGCACAUGUUGGGAGAUGGAGUGAGGACUGUCCUGAGCAUUCGGGUAUAGUGGUGCUUGCGAUGGAUGAUACGCCUUUGGGGUUCGGAGUCACUGCUCGAUCCACUGCAGAGGCACGACGGCUUGACCCCACAGGCAUCACGACCUUCAGACAGGCGGAUAUAGGAGAAUACCUGAGAGAGGAGGAUACCCUUUUCACGACGUAA